AUGUUUCUUUUUCCUCAUUUGAAAUCAAAUCCAUGGGAUGGGAGAGAGAAAAACCAGCAAUGGUAACCCCACAAAAGCAAACGUUAUACGAUUUGUCUUCUCUUGACUAUGACUAAUAAUACUUAUAUAAUAAAUAAAUAUUGAAAAAAUUGUUUGACAGGACAAGGGACAAGUGGAAGGGAUAAUCCUCUCUGCAAGAUUUGCAAACAGAAAGAAAAUCUCGCAGAUAUAUUGGAUCCUUGGAAUCUCAGCUUUAGACUUUUGCUUUAAAUGCAAAAGCUUUCACCCAUUACAGUUUCAUACCCAAAAAGAAAGUAAAAGAUUUCAAGAGAAAAAGAAAAGAACCCUUCCACUACUAUAAUAAAACCUCUCCAUAACCCAGAGACUUGAGAUUACACCACACCCAUUUCACCAUUUCAGACUUUGGACCAGGUUUAAGCUUUUUCUGCAACUGGGUUUUCUUUUUCUUCUCAGUUUAGAAAUACCCUUUUGAGUUUUGAGGCUAAAGAGCUCGGUUGAGGGAUUUCAAUGGCGGCGAUGGCUAGUGAAAUUCUCAGACGCAGUUUAGCGGAAAGUGUUAAGAUUUCUAAUGGGUCUGGCUCAGGGGAGCUUCAUGUUCUUGCUGUUGAUGAUAGCCUUGUGGACCGUAAAGUCAUUGAACGACUGCUGAAGAUCUCUUCCUGUAAAGUGACUGCUGUGGAAAGUGGAACUAGAGCUCUGCAAUAUCUGGGAUUGGAUGGCGAGAAGAGCUCAGUUGGAUUUGAUGCUCUUAAGGUGAAUCUGAUAAUGACAGACUAUUCAAUGCCAGGGAUGACAGGAUAUGAGCUUCUUAAAAAGAUCAAGGAAUCAUCUGCUUUCAGAGAGGUUCCAGUAGUGAUAAUGUCUUCAGAGAACAUCAUGACUCGUAUUGAUAGAUGUUUAGAGGAAGGAGCUGAAGAGUUUAUAGUGAAGCCAGUAAAACUCUCUGAUGUGAAACGCUUGACCAGUUUCGUAAUGAAAGGGGAAGGAAAAGAGAAUGGAGAUGGAGAAAGAGUGAACAAGCGAAAGCUUGAAGAUGAUGAUGACAGCAGCAGCCCCGUGUUGUCGUCACAAUCGUCGUCGCCACCACUUUCGCCUAAGUCCUCUUUGGAUUCAUGUAAUCAACCAACCGACGAACAACUGUCUUCUUCCCCGUCUUCACCCGAGUGCUCACCAAAGAGGCCUAGAUUGCAGAGCACUGAUUCACUGUAAUGAAAUAUUAGGCCAUAGUUACAUGUUUUUGAAUUGAGAAUUUUUUUUUUGGUUGUGUAAUGUUGACUGACCAUGUAAAUGCUGACUUGAAAUUUCAUAGGAAAUAUAAAAUAUAUAUAUACAGAAGAGAAGCCAAGCCUUGUAUGAAAAGAUGAAUUGUUGACUAUUUUGAUUACUACGUUUUGCUAAUGUAGACUGAUUCCUUUUGUGUUUUCCUUAAAA